AUGAUCCACCAGCCAAAAUACUCCUCCCGUGUUUCAGGGAUUGUAUACAAAUCAAUUCUACAGAAUUCCAAAACUUCAAACUUGGUGCACGACGGCAGCAUAAAAUUAGCAAAUCCACAGAAAACCACGUCCUCACGUUUAAUAAGCGACCACGGCCCGGUUGAUGCAAACGUAGUGGUUCCCUUGCCGCGCAUGGCAGACAGUCAUCCGAACAGAGCAAUAUUUGCCCCGUUCCAUGAAUGGCACGUUUCUACUCGCUGUGCCAUUUCAGGGCAGCGCGUUUAUUGGAAACCAGGGUUUGCCCCAGGGCUGGGACGGUACAAUAUUCUCGGUCAAGGCGCACGAUUCGAGUCAGAAAGUCACAAAAUCAUUAUGCUUUCUCAUAUAUACGACUUCUGGAAGGCAGGACUCCUGGCGAUCCACCCCGACACGCUUCGAGUCCGCUGCUUCGUGCCGUCGGACGUGAUCAGGGAUUACGACGACAAGGCGGCCAGCUUCCCAGAUUCAGUCAUUCCGGGCCUAGAUGCUCUGCGCAAACAUUACGAAAUAUGUGUUUGGGUGAAUACGACGGCAUUUCUUCCGCACAUCCCCCUCACGCUUUUAUCGACAAGCAGUGAAGAAAGCAUGUUCCAUGAGGUGCCUGUUUUGUUGUCAGCCGCGCGUUUUGGUCCAAGGCCAUCAUGCAAACUUCUUCAAAAUUACACUCGCAGGUUUCGGCUAUACUUUCUGUGGCAAAGGUGUAGCUGUGAACGACCAGCACAGGCUGAUGAAUGA